GAAAUGCUUUGAAGACGAAUUGAGUGGAGAAAAAAAGUGUGUGAAAUAUUUGAGUGUUCAUUUUUUGUUUGCCCCCAUUUGAUGUAAAUUUGCGAUUGAACAUUUUUCUAAAUUAAAGCGUUGUUCAGCAUGUCAACGCAGCAGGAGGAGCACACCGAAGCUGUAACUGGAGAUGAGCCGAGCACCAGCAAUCAACAACAACAACAACAACAACAACAACAACAGCAUGGAGCAACAUCGAUAAGUCCACGUCCGAGUGGUGCAACAGAUGAGCCAAAGAUGGCGCCACCGAACGGUCCGCAGAUGCGGAUCAAGCGCGAGUUGAUCGAGAUCACACAGAAUCCGCCGCCGAAUUGCAGUGCCGAAAUGUACAAGGAGGAUCUCUGCCAUUGGCGUGCCACGAUCCUGGGCCCAGUGGGCACCGUGUAUGAGGGCGGGGUCUUUAAGCUGGACAUUCGCUUUCCGGCCUCGUAUCCAUUUCGUCCGCCACAGAUCCGGUUCGUCACCCGGAUCUAUCAUUGCAAUGUGAACAGUCGCGGCGUGAUCUGUUUGGAUGUGCUGGACGAACGUUGGUCGCCGGUGAUGAAUAUCGCCAAGGUGCUGCUAUCGAUUUGGGUGCUGAUCGGUGAAUGCAAUCCCAAGGAUCCGCUUGUCAUGGGCAUUGCCAAUCAGUAUAAUUUCAAUCGCAAGGAGCACGACAAGAUCGCCCGCCACUGGACGAAGCGUUAUGCGAUGCCCAAGGCAGCAGCAGCUGAGAAGCAGCCUCAAGCGCAGGAGCAGGAGCAGCAAGAGGAAGAGGAACAGGCAGAGACGGAAGGCGUGGAGCAAGCGGGAGAGGAACAGACUGAGACGACAGCCGAGGAGCAAGCGGAAGAGGGACAGAGGGAGGCGACAGCCGAGGAGCAGGUGACAGAGAAUGUCCAAUAAGCGUAGGCAGAGAGAAAAAGGGAGAAAGAGAAGAGAGAAAGAAAGAUAUUUAAAUAAAAAAAGAGCGAGAAAAAGAAAGAAGUAUGAUGAAAGGGAGAUAGAUAUAUAUAGAGAGAGGGAGAGAUCGAGAGAGUGAAAGUAAGAGAGGAGAGAAUGAGAGAGAGAUAGAGACAAAGAUAGUUAGAAAGUGAUAGAGGAGAGAAAGAGAAAGAUAGUGAGAGAGAAAGGGAAAGAGAGAGAGAGAGACAAAGAGAUAUAAAGACAAGAGAUGGAGUGAACUAGAGAUAUACAGACAAAGAUAGAGAGAGAUAGAGAUAGCGCUAGAGACACAGACAGAGAAAGAUAGAAAGAGAUAGAGGAGAGAAAGCGAAUGUGAGCGAAAAAGAAAGAGAAAGCGAGAAAGAGAAAGAGAGUAAAAGAUAAAAAUAGAUUAAAAGAAAGAGCGAAAGAGAGAGAGAGAGAGAGAUAGAGAAAGAAAGAGAGAGAGAGAAAGAAAGAGAGAAAGAGCAUAAAAGGGAGUUAAUGAGAAAAAGAGAGUAAAAGAAAGAGCCAAAGAGAGAGAGAGAGAAAGGGAG